CCGUCCUUGAAUAGACCAAUAUAGGGUUGAAGGUAACCCAAUAAUGGAAGUAAUGAAGCAAAAGCUAUCAUACUAUUCUAUUGACAACACCACAUGUUUGCUUACACUCUACUCUUUGUUUCCACCAUUUUUAACACCAUCUUCCAAGAAAAGAAGGAACCUAUUUUCAUCACAAGAAAAUGAGUUCCCAUCUUCCCUUUUUUCCUGUUCUCCCUCUUUUCCCCUUCAAAUUCGAGCGAUGGAACAGGAAGAUUGGAACAUGAUUUGUGCGGAUUGUGUCGUUCUAUCUUGUUGUUGCCAAUGCUUAAUGCUACAAGUCCUCGUGUUUGUGUUGCUUAAACUUCCUAGCAAACUUAUCAAGAAAACAGCACAAUAUAUGAAGAGGAAAUUAGGGAUCAAGAUAAGAGAUGGUAGGAAAAUGGUGAGAAUGAAAGUGGCUCGGUGUGCUGAAGAAGUUAUCGGGUGUCAAAAACCAAGAGAAUCGUUUAGAGUGCGAGCUCGAGGUGAGAGUUUUCGACUAGAGGGGUUCGAUGGGUGCAUGGAGGAGGUUGAAGAUGUGUUGGAGGAGUUAUCUACAAAGGGUGAGUUCGGAUUUGGAAGCUUUUGGAGAGGAGAUGGUGAUGUUGGAAUUCACUUUCCAAUUUGUCUUGUAAGUCAAGAACUUAAAAGUCAUUAAUCAUGAUCAUGUAAUUGCUCAAU